GUUCCAGUGAAAGGAACUCUUAAUGCUUCAGCUUCAUACCAAGACAUUUUGGACAAUUUCAUGCUCCCAACUUUGUGGGUACAGUUUGGGAACGACCCCUUCCUGUUCCAACAUGACUGCACACCAGUGCACAAAGCAAGAGACUGUGAGUCAGACCUUCUCAUCCAUCAUCAGGGCCUGACCUCACAAAUGCGCUUCUAGAGGAACGGUCAAAAAUUCCCAUAAACACACUCCUAAACCUUGUGGAAAGCCUUCCCAGAAGAGUUGAAGCUGCAAAGGGCGGGGCAACUCCAUAUUACAUUCAUGUGCAUGUAAAGGCAGACAGCAUAAUUUUGGCCUGGCUCACAGUCUCCACUCUAAUUCAUCCCAAAGGUGUUCUAUGGGGUUGAGGUCAGGACUCUGUGCAGGCCAGUCAAGUUCCUCCACACCAAAUUCACUCAUCCAUGUCUUUAUGGACCUUGCUUUGGUCACUGGUGUACAGUCAUGUUGGAACAGGAAGGGGUCAUCCCCAAACUGCAAUAUAGUGUAGCUUUGUAUUCAUUCAGCUAGGGAUUUUGAGAUGUUGAGGAAACUCCAGUUUCAGUUCUUCCCGGAGGUGUUGAGUCAGUGGGGAUGAGUCAGUGGGGAUGAGUCAGGGCUCUGUGCAGGACACUCGAGUUCUCCCAUUAAGAAUAUUUCUGAUAUUUCCGUAAAGCACAUCCUCAUCCUUUAAUAAUUUGCAUGUCGGUCAUGACUGGUCCAAAUUCAUGUGGUCUUUUUUAGUGACCUCACAAAAUCAGUCAUUUUGUAACAAUCCUUGAAUGCUGAAAAAAAAAAAAUAUUUUAAAUUUUCUCAAUUAAAACAAACAAACGAUCUCUCUAUUUCUAUAAUGUAAAUUAACAAAUUUAGCACAAAGUUAUUUUUAUAAUUAAAUUCAAGCGUUUAAAAAAAUAUUUUUAGUUCAGGACUAGUUUAUUGAUUUAGCGAAGUACGUUAGGUCUCAUUCAUGUCCUUUUAAAGGAGCCGCAUAUCAAAUAACUCAAUCCUCACUAUAUAUGUGCACUACGAAUGCUCUUAAAUUAUAGCCUAUGCACCCUAAGUAGUGCACUCUGUAGUGUGUAAGGAGCCGUUUUGAAUUGGGCUCUGAAUGGCUAGUUGAUCGAGGGUAAGAGGGCGGGGAUUAGACAUGUUACGUCAAGCCUUCCUUUCGCGCGAGGAUGGUCUGACUUCUUCUAUUGGCUGGUUUCUGGAGAGGACUUACAACGGAGGAUUGGAUUGGUGGAGAGCUGACGCUCGUGUCUGAGCUCUAACCAAUCACAUUCAUCGGUGUCGUGUCAUGGCUGCCUAAAUGUCAGUGUGUAGUAGUUCUUGCUCACAUGUGUCUGUUGAGGCUGGGGAAGGUUUAAUAAAACAUUUGUACGGUUUAAUUUAAUAGGAUAAAUAUGCCGGAGACGAGCAGCCAAAAUGUGUCGAUGGUCACGUGCACGGCGCCGGUAAACAUCGCUGUCAUUAAGUACUGGGGGAAACGAGAUGAAGAGCUCAUUCUUCCUAUUAACUCCUCACUCAGUGUCACUCUGCAUCAGGACCAGCUUAAAACGACCACCACAGUUGCGUGCAGCAGAAACUUUCAGGAGGACCGCAUCUGGCUGAACGGGAAAGAAGAAGACAUCAACCAGCCGAGAUUACAGUCAUGUCUUCGUGAGAUCCGGAGGUUAGCGCGGAAAAGACGGAAUGACGAAGAUCCUAAUGCUGAGAUCACGCUUUCUCACCGGGUGCAUAUCUGCUCUGUGAAUAACUUCCCUACAGCAGCUGGACUGGCGUCAUCUGCAGCUGGAUAUGCAUGCCUGGUGUACUCGCUGUCCCGUUUGUUCAGUGUGGACGCUGAGCUGUCGGUGGUGGCUCGCCAGGGUUCGGGCAGCGCCUGCAGGAGCAUGUACGGAGGAUUUGUGCAGUGGAAGAUGGGAGAAAGAAAAGAUGGGAAAGACAGCGUGGCCGAGCAGGUGGCACCGGAGACGCACUGGCCGGAGCUCCGGGUUCUCGUCCUGGUGGUCAGCGCAGAUCGGAAGCCUGUGGGAAGCACUUCGGGCAUGCAGACCAGCGUGCAGACCAGCGAACUGCUGAAGCACCGUGCGGACCACGUGGUUCCCGCUCGGAUGGACGACAUGAUCAGGGCCAUUCAGGGACAAGACUUUGCGACGUUCGCCGAACUCACCAUGAAAGACAGCAACCAGUUUCACGCCACCUGCCUGGACACUUUCCCACCCAUAUUCUACCUCAAUGACAUUUCCCGCAGAGUCAUCAACCUGGUGCAUCGCUACAAUCAGCAUUACAGAGAGACUAGAUGCUGUCAGGUGCUUGGCCGUCUACGACGCUGUCGCCGGUUCACCACUGUCCCUUUCUUGGACCACUUUUGAUAGAUACUGACCACUGCAGACCGGGAACACCCCACAAGAGCUGCAGUUUUGGAGAUGCUCUGAUCCAGUGGUCUUGCCAUCACAAUUUAGCCCUUUGUCAAACUCGCUCAAAUCCUUACGCUUGUCCAUUUUUCCUGCUUCUAACAUCAACUUUGAGGACAAAAUGUUGACUUGCUGCCUAAUAUAUCCCACCCACUAACAGGUGCCAUGAUGAGGAGACUUCUGUUUUUUAUGCAGGAACUUGUAGCUGUAGCUCUUUACUGUCAGCUCCAGAAUUAUUGGCAUCCUUGGAAAAGACGGAUGAAAACAAUCAUGAUUUAUUUAUUUAUCCUUAUAAGAAUUUCUAGGCAAGAAUUUUAUUUAUUCAUUUUUAUUUUAUUUAUGUUUUUGCCAAUAAUUAUAACCAGAAUUUCUUUCUGAUACUUUAUUUUUAUUUUUCUGGAAUCAGUUUAUCUCACAAGGUUCACAAUUUCCGUCAUAUUUUCAGUGGAAAAUUAAGCUAGUUAGCCAUAAAUAUUUCUUUUUUUCCCCAUGUAUUUUUUUUUUCAACCCACUUUUACCAAGGGUGCCAAAAUUUCUGCAGCUUGAUUGUAUGUCAGAAAUAGUUCUCGGCUGUGUUCUGUUUUUAUUUUGAUUAUUUGUAUUAAUAUUAUUGAUAUUUAUUGUCUACUAAUCGGUAUGAGUAGGAUAAGAAGGACACAUUUAAUGUAUUUUAUAAAAUACAAGCAAAAUAAUAAAGCUUGAAGGUAAAGCUGCACAUAAAAGAAACUGCUAAAUAUGAUUUUUUGCGGCUUUCUUAUUUUUAAAUGGAAUUAAAAAAUCUCUUCAAGAACCAUCAUCUUGAGAAGAGACAAGAUUUUUUUCUGUAGUUUGUCAUAAUGACUUUUCGACACUCGACGUGUGAGAAAAGAAUUUUAAAAAUGAGCUUUUCGUGAGAAUUUCUGCUGAGAACUUUAACCCUGUUUCAAUCAUCUCUCCAUUCAUGUGUCGUGUAAAGGUGUGAAAACAAACACACUUGUCUUUUCUCUCUU